AUGCUUAUUCAUCUGUUAGUAACAGUGCCAUUGUUUUUGAAUUUUAGCUCCAGCUUUAGAAUUAAUAAGUGUACUACAAAUGUUUACAGAAAAAAUUUCUUAGCCCACUCAGUUAGGCCUGAGAUAAUCACCAAGGUAGAAUCUAUUGCCUCUGAUCAUUUUGAUAAGCCCGCAACGAUAAAUGAUAGACUUGUUGAUGAUUUGGGUGCGGAUAGUUUAGACAAAAUUGAGUUGGUAAUUGCCCUGGAAGACGCUUUCGACAUAUCCAUACCAGAUACACAGGCCGAGUCAUUUGUUACUUUGAGUGAUAUAGCCGAAUACAUCGAAAGCGCUGUGAAUGGAAACUUGUUGCGGCGGAGAUGA